AUGGCCCCUCCUCCUAAUGCGAACCUGCCGCUCGGCGAGAGGAUUCUAGCACUUGUGAAGACCCUACAAUUCGCUUGGUUCACCGGACACUUGGUGCUGCUCCUCUGCUUCGUCCGAUAUGGCCUUUCCUACGUGACCAUGAAUUAUUACAGUCGCAUGGCCCGCUUCACCUACCGCACCACCUUCCUCUCGGCCGCUCUGACGUACGGUAUCGUGGUCUACAAGACUUGGCGAGCUCGACAAAAGGUUGGGGCCAAGCAACCAGGCGGUGCUGUCGGAAUCCUCUCUGAUGAGAAUGUCCAAUAUCUCGCUAUGGCGCUGGUCUGGCUUUCCACCCCUCAGUACCCCCUCGCCAUGCUUCCCUAUGCCAUCUACUCGGUCUUCCAUGUCGCGACCUACACCCGCAACAACGUCAUCCCCACCAUCCAGCCCAACAAGGCUGCCGCUAGUGCCUCCCCCGGUGCCAAGCCACCCGGAAACCCCAUUGCUGAGUCGAUUGGCUCUUUCGUCAAGGCUUACUAUGACACAUCCAUGUCUAUUGUCUCGGGUUUGGAGAUUCUUCUCUGGGUACGCCUGCUCCUUGCUGCUGUUCUCUUCCAGCGCCGUUCAUGGAUCUUGAUUGCCAUCUACACGGCCUUCCUGCGAGCCCGGUUCUCUCAGAGCACCCACGUUCAGAACUCCUUCAGUGCGUUCGAGUCUCGUGUGGAUAACUUGGUUGGCGCUCAAGGCACACUGCCGGCUGCGCGAUCAGCCUGGGAAGGGGUCAAGGGCGGUGCUCGUCAGUUCCACGCUGCUACGGAUCUCAGCAAGUACAUCAACAACGGAUCCGCGGCACCCAAGAAGACCUCUUAA